AUGCUCUGUAUGUCAGUUAGCGGGUUAACAUAUCCGGAUUUGGUCCUCGUUAGUACCGCCUCUCGGAGUGUUUUUUAUCAGCGGCUGCUCAGCAGACUUUUUGAUCAAUAUUCUUCUGACAUUGCUCGGCUACUUCCCGGGGCAUAUACACGCCUUUUACUGUGA